CCCCCUUGUGACCAGCCCCGAAGAGAGGUCAUAGAGAAGACUGGCAGAGGAGCGCCUGGACAGCAGCAGCAGCUGACUUUCUAGAUGAAGCGCGCCUUGGGGCCCCAGGCUUGGGAGUGAGCCGAUGGCCCACGUUCGAGAAGCGUCCCGGUCCUCCCGCUCUGUCGCCUGUUGGAGUUCGGGAGGUGGUCGAGGAGCCUGUCUGGAGCAGGCAGCUGAGAGUGCAUCGAGAUGCGGGGUACACAGGGAGCCCAGGAGAUGAAGCCGGAGCUGUGGCCGGAGCCCAAGCCCACGUCGGAGAACUUAACAAGAGAUGCAUCUUAUCAGCAGUUGAUGGCAUCUGAGGUGGAAGAAAACCAAUUAACCUGCGAGUCAAAAGAUCAGGAGACCAGUUUGGUAAAACCCAAGAAAAAGAGGAGGAAAAAGACAAUGUAUUAUACUGUAGGCUUCAGAGGAUUAAUUAAUCUUGGUAAUACUUGCUUUAUGAAUUGUAUUGUCCAAGUACUUACUCACAUUCCGCUACUGAAAGAGUUCUUCCUUUCAAAUAAGCACAAAUGUAUGAUGACAAGCCCCAGCUUGUGUUUAGUCUGCGAGAUGUCUUUACUUUUUCAAGCUAUGUACUCGGGGAACCAAAGUCCUCAUAUUCCCUAUAAAUUACUACACCUGAUAUGGAUCCAUGCAGAGCAUCUAGCAGGCUACAGACAACAGGAUGCUCAGGAGUUUCUUAUUGCCAUAUUGGAUGUGUUGCAUAGACACAGCAGAGAUGAUGGUAUCGACCAGGAAGGUAACUCCAACUGCUGUAAUUGCAUCAUAGAUCACAUCUUUACAGGUAGUCUGCAGUCAGAUUUAACAUGUCAAGUUUGUCAUGGUGUCUCUACUACCAUAGACCCAUGCUGGGACAUUAGCUUGGAUUUGCCUGGGCCUUAUACUCCAGGGAGGGCUAGUAGUAGCACAUCGAGUAGGGAUGGCCAGAAGCCACGAGUCAUCUCACUUACAGAUUGCCUGAAGUGGUUUACAAGGCCCGAAGACCUGGGUAGCAGUGCCAAAAUCAAAUGCAGUCAAUGCCAAAGCUACCAGGAAUCUACCAAACAGCUCACAAUGAAGAAAUUACCGAUUGUGGCCUGCUUUCACCUGAAAAGAUUUGAACAUUUAGGCAAACAGAGACGAAAGAUUAAUAGUUUUAUCUCGUUUCCUUUGGAGCUGGACAUGACCCCGUUCUUGGCUUCUACUAAAGAAAGCAUAAUGAAAGGCCAGCCAUUAACAGAGUGUGUACCCAGUGAGAAUAAGUAUUCUUUGUUUGCAGUAAUUAACCACCAUGGAACUUUGGAAAGUGGCCAUUACACCAGUUUUGUCCGACAGGAAAAAGACCAGUGGUUCAGCUGUGAUGAUGCUGUAGUCACCAAGGCUACAAUGGAAGAAUUACUCAAUAGUGAAGGGUAUCUACUGUUCUAUCAUAGGCAAGAUAUAGAGAAAGAAUAAUCUCAUCCAGAAUGAUUUCCAGACCAAAAAAAAUUUAAAAAGUGAAAAAGAAGAGAAAACAAAAAAGAAAAAGACAAAGAGACAACACAAGCCUACCAGGAUGGACAAUUGUAAUGCCAUUACAACAACAAGCACCUCUUAAAAGAAACACAAAAAUCUACCUGGAGUGGACAAUGACCAUAUAUGACAAGUGGCACUUUGGCAUAAAGGAACUAUUUUACCCUGUCCCAUAAGUCUAUGGGAGGAAGACAUUGAAUUUUCAAUCGGUGACCAUUAGCCUUAAGAACUGGGGGGGGGGGGGGGGUUCAGAGGGAGGAGAGGUUGAAAAGGUCACAUAAAGCAAAUUAAAUGAAGUCUCAACAUGUAGGAGGAUCUUCUCAAAUUACAUUUUAUUUCUUUAAAGAUAUUGUGUUAAGUGGGGGGGUAUAUUUUAAGAAUGGGGUUUUUCAUUGAUUGUAGUUAUAGUUUUGAGUGUACAGAGUAGUCUGGAGAAAACCAAAUAUUUUAAACAAAAAACUUUAAAGCUUUAAAAGAAAACAAUUAAGAAACACUUUUGAAGGUUUUAAGAGAACAUUUUAAAUGUUAAAAAUUUAAGUUAAGUAUUUUAGAAGAAAUAUUUUUAAAUGUUUUUAAUUUAAAAUUAUUCCAAAUUGUUAGUAUGUAAAAAUAGAGUAUGGAAAUAGAGUAUUCUAAAAAUUUUCUAAAAUUUUGCAAGUUAAGAUGAAACAUGAACAUUUCUAAGGUGGUUAGUGAAAAAAAAACCACUAACUUAAAAUCAGUAAGGGAAAAUUUUAGAAAGUGAAAACAUUUGGAUUCUAAAUAUUUAAAGCAUAAAAUAUAUGCAUUGGAAAGACCAAAAUUUACAAAAAUUAUACCUAUAAUAAUAUAAAAAGUAAAAUUUCAAGGUAUAUAGAACAAAAUGAAAUUUUAAGUUAAAUUCAGGAAAGGAGAUUUAAAAGAAGAAAGUUUAGAACUAUUCAAGGGAACAGGUAAUUAGUUUUAAAGAUUUCAAUUUUUUAGAUAUUAAGAGAGAACCUUCUGUAAAUUCAACUGCAGAGAUUUCAGUAUAAAAACCAACUUUUAAGUUUAAAAAGAAUAUUCUCAUACAAACUGACACCUGAAAAAAACAUGUAAAUAAGAUCAUAUUUGGAAGGUGAAAGUUUUAUUUUGUACUUUAGCACAUUGAAAUAUAGAUGGAUAUAAAAGAGAUAAAUGAUAGAGCGAGAAGACAAAAUGGUUUGUGAACAUAUGUAUUUUUUUAAUCUUAUGUCAAUGCAGAUAACUAUAUCGGAAAAAGGUAAUGCCAUCAAGAUUUUUCCCAUUUAGAACUCAUUAUUAGAACAUCUUUAGCUUCUGAAAGAAGGCUUUUAAUAAUUUUGUGGCUUAGAGAAAUUAGAUCAUAACUGUGAAGCUUUGGCUUUUGGUGUUUUAGCCCCAUGGUCUGGCUGAAAAAGUGGCAGGGACCCUUAACUGAGGAAACUCCCACCCUCUCUGCCUUCAGUCUUUUGUCUCAUGGGGAAACAAGAUAUUUUCAUUUCUACAGUAGAACUCUGAGUUUGUGUUUAACGGUCCUGCUAAUUCCUUAUCCCUCUUCAUGCCCACCCCCCCACCCCCACCCCACCCCCAUUCCUCCUUCCCUGAAUCCCACACUUCCCUGGCCUUAUCCCAGCCUGCAAGGAUCCUUUCUUAGUGAAUACCUGGUGAUUUCAUUCCUUCAAGACUAACUCCCAGAUGACUUCUCUGGAACCAUCCCUGGAUCCCCUAUGCAGGCGUAAAAUAGAUAGUCCCCAUCCCCAUCUCUCCUAUGUGCCUCCAAAGUACUUCGUCUAUACCUCGAUGAAUAAUACUUAUUCGACUGUGAUUCUACUGUAGCAUUGUGAUUGUCUACCUCUCUGCACCAGACCCUGAGAGCAGAGGGACAAGCCUUAUUCACUUUUUGUGUUAAUAAAUGUUUGUUGAAUGCAAAA